GCAUCACUACCUGGGACUCCACAGACCUGGGCUUUGCUGCCCAUCCUGCCCUCUGCUCCCUCCCAGCUCCUGGCCACUGUUCCCAAAUGUUUGGUGGUGUGUGUUUGCCCAUCAGCUCAGCCACUGGUGGGGAAGCGUUAUCAGUGGUGAGCGAAGACCAGUCCCUGUUCGAGUGUGCCUACGGAUCACCCCACCUCGCCAAGACAGAGAUGACGGCCUCCUCCCCCAGUGAAUAUGGGCAGACCUCAAAGAUGAGCCCACGUGUCCCCCAGCAGGACUGGUUGUCACAGCCCCCGGCCAGAGUCACCAUCAAGAUGGAGUGUAACCCCAAUCAGGUUAAUGGGUCAAGGAAUUCUCCUGAUGACUGCAGCGUGGCAAAAGGAGGGAAGAUGGUCAGCGGCUCAGACAGUGUUGGGAUGAACUAUGGAAACUACAUGGAAGAGAAGCACGUUCCACCCCCAAACAUGACCACCAACGAACGAAGAGUCAUCGUGCCAGCAGAUCCCACGUUAUGGAGCACAGACCACGUGCGCCAGUGGCUGGAGUGGGCGGUGAAGGAGUACGGGCUCCCGGACGUGGACAUCUUGUUGUUCCAGAACAUCGAUGGGAAGGAGCUCUGCAAAAUGACCAAAGAUGACUUCCAGAGGCUCACCCCAAGCUACAAUGCAGACAUCCUCCUGUCACAUCUACACUACCUCAGAGAGACUCCUCUUCCACAUUUGACUUCAGAUGAUGUUGAUAAGGCCUUACAAAACUCUCCACGGUUAAUGCAUGCUAGAAACACAGGAGGUGCCACUUUUAUUUUUCCAAAUACAUCAGUUUAUCCAGAAGCAACACAAAGAAUUACAACCAGGCCAGAUUUGCCUUAUGAGCAAGCCAGGAGAUCAGCAUGGACGAGUCACACCCACCCCAGUCCUCAGUCAAAAGCUACUCAACCAUCAUCCUCAACAGUUCCCAAAACAGAAGACCAACGUCCUCAGUUAGAUCCUUAUCAGAUACUUGGACCGACCAGCAGCCGACUUGCAAAUCCAGGGAGCGGGCAGAUCCAGCUAUGGCAGUUCCUGCUGGAGCUCCUCUCGGACAGCUCCAACUCCAACUGCAUCACCUGGGAGGGCACCAACGGGGAGUUCAAGAUGACGGACCCCGACGAGGUCGCCCGGCGCUGGGGCGAGCGGAAGAGCAAACCCAACAUGAACUAUGACAAACUCAGCCGCGCCCUCCGCUACUACUACGACAAAAACAUCAUGACCAAGGUCCAUGGCAAGCGCUACGCCUACAAAUUCGACUUCCACGGCAUCGCCCAGGCCCUCCAGCCUCACCCCCCGGAGUCCUCCAUGUACAAAUACCCGUCAGACCUCCCCUACAUGAGCUCCUACCACGCGCACCCUCAGAAGAUGAACUUUGUAGCUCCCCACCCCCCUGCUUUGCCCGUGACAUCGUCGAGCUUUUUCGCCGCCCCGACUCCCUACUGGAAUUCGCCAACUGGAGGGAUCUACCCCAACACCAGGCUGCCAGCUGCUCAUAUGCCUUCUCAUCUUGGCACCUACUACUAAGCGUGGGGUGGGGUGGGGGAAAAGAAACUCCAGAAAAAGCAAAGACACUUCUCGCUGGGAUGAAGGAAUCGCAGCGAACUCUGUGGGAGUACACGAAUUCAAAGUGCCUAAAGAGACAAGGGAAGGUUUGGCUGGGAAAAAAACCAUUUUAAAAAUAGAUGUCAAAAAGACUCUUUGUAGUAGGGAUUUAAAGGAAAUAUCCAAGAAGUAUUAAGAUACUAAAAUGUAAUGUAUAUGGGCAUCGACUCUGUGGACCAAACAACAAUAGACUAUUGUAGGUGAAAGCAUGAAAUGAUAAGGAAAACCUACGGAAGCUGGUGGUCUUAAAAAGUUGAUAAGCUUAUGUGUAAAGUUUGAUACCUUGCUAGUGCAAAACUGGGACUAUACUACAGCAAUAUAAGGAUAAGUCUAUAGUGACCUAACAUACAAUAUAUGGAUCAUUAAAAAAGAGGAGGGAAAAGGGAAAAAAAAAAAAAGGAAAAAAACCACACCUGUCUGUAUUUAAAAAAUAGAAACAUAUCAACAGAAGAGACUGGUUAAUGUGGAAGCUGAUUUGGAAAAUAGCUGCAUUGUUUUACUUAAAAGCGAAUGAGUUCCAUUCAUUGGAGGGAAUCAGCUACUCAAACUGUGAAGACAACCCAAACUUUCAGAUUCCUUGACAGUAUUGCAGGAACCCUGAGCCAAACAUUGGAAAUGAGAAUGUGCUGAAGGGCGAGUGUAUGAUUGUAGAUCAGAGGCCUGUACCUGACAGAGGAAGCAGGAAGGAGAAGGGGAGGGAUGAAGGUGGUGAGAAUGGGAGAAAAGAAACUUCUUCACCAGCAGAGACUGAAAAGACUGAAAAACUCAGUAGCGUUGGGGACUGUGAAGAAACACUUGUUUGGACUUGUGAAACGUAUUGCUCAGUAUUAUACCAUUCCCAGUAUUUCAGGUGGAACAGACUUGAUUUCCUAGUAAAAAAAAAAAAAAAAAGGCAGGAAAAGGGAAAAGCAGAAGAAUUCAGAAAUCAGAACACGCAUCUCUCUCACUCU